AGGGGGGCCGCUGACGUCACAAUGCCGCCCCGCCAGGCGGCACGGCGCCGAUGUGGCGCUGCCGCCAGCAGGGGCCGCGGCUGCAGCCGGCCUGGGGGGAGGAGGAGGAGGAGCUACUGCAGCGGCGCCGCUGCCGGUGCCAGAGGGCGCCAGGCUCCUGCCAGCACCAGCACCAGGACCAGGACCUGCAGCGCGGGGGGGAGCGUGCGGCUCCGGGCGGCUCCCGCAUCACCCGCCGGUGCAGGAAGAUGGCGGGGGGGGAGAGCGGCCCGCAGAGCCCCGGCCCCGCCGCCGUGUCGCUGGGCUUGAGCGUGGCCGUGGUGUCCAGCCUGGUGAACGGCUCCACCUUCGUGCUGCAGAAGAAGGGGAUCGUGCGGGCCAGAGGACGAGGUACAUCAUAUUUAACAGAUAUAGUAUGGUGGUCUGGCACUAUUGCAAUGGCUCUUGGUCAAAUAGGGAAUUUCUUGGCCUACACUGCAGUUCCUACUGUAUUAGUGACUCCGCUAGGAGCUCUUGGUGUUCCAUUUGGUUCCAUUUUAGCUUCUUACUUACUGAAAGAAAAGCUCAACAUUCUUGGCAAGCUGGGAUGUCUGCUGAGCUGUGCUGGUUCUGUUGUUCUCAUAAUCCAUUCUCCAAAAUCUGAGAGUGUAACAACUCAGGCUGAGCUUGAGGAAAAACUUACAAAUCCAGUGUUCGUGGGCUACCUCUGCAUAGUACUUGUCAUGCUCCUACUGCUUAUCUUCUGGAUAGCACCAGCUCAUGGACCCACUAAUAUUAUGGUUUACAUCAGUAUUUGUUCCCUAUUGGGCAGUUUUACUGUGCCCAGCACGAAAGGCAUUGGGUUGGCUGCUCAAGAUAUCUUUCACAAUAAUCCAUCAAGUCAAAGAGCCUUGUAUCUCUGUUUGGUUCUCUUGGCAGUACUAGGAUGUAGCAUCAUCAUUCAGUUCAGAUACAUCAAUAAGGCACUGGAAUGUUUUGACUCCUCUGUGUUUGGUGCCAUCUACUACGUCGUGUUCACCACUUUAGUCCUGCUGGCCUCAGCCAUCCUUUUCAGGGAGUGGAGUAAUGUGGGAGUAGUAGAUUUCUUGGGGAUGGCCUGUGGAUUCACUACAGUAUCUAUUGGAAUUGUUCUUAUACAAGUCUUCAAGGAGUUCAACUUCAGUAUUGGGGAUUUGAAUAAACCUAACAUGAAGACAGAUUAAAAUCUGAUUUGAGAGGACUGGAUGGCUCAGGGAAUGAUAGAAAGCCUUUCAUUUCUAGGUCACUGGUUCAAAUACGGUACAUGUUGGCAUAUGUUACCAUUUAAUACUUUGGCCUAUGUGAAAUGAGUGGGUGGCCUCCAUCCAGUUUCUCCUGGACUGUUUGCAUACCCCAAAAUCACUGUAAAAAGUGGCAUUAAUUAGUAUCAUUGCUAACCAUCUCAGUAGAAAGGCUAAGGAUUGAAUCGGCAUAGAGACUGUUGUGUUUUCUCAUCUUAAAAGGUGGUCCAUCUAGAAAAGAUUUGAGGACAUUCUGGCAGGCCUCAGUGGGAGAGCUUACAUUAUGAUUGCCUGUGAUGUGCUGGUUCUGUAGAUAGAAAACAUCAGUUUCUAAUGCACUCAAUCUGGCACCUUUCAGGAGUGAUAUUUCCCCUUAAAAAAAAAAUGAAGCGAUUGACAAUUCUGUCAAUCUCCUUAGUAUAGCAGUGUGUUCACUGUCCAGGCUGUGAAUUUUAAACAAAUGCUGAUUGAACUGUGGGCUGUAGGUUUGUUCUUCUUACUGUAACUUGCCUCUGCAAUUUGGACUGACAUUGGGUUGAAGACACUGGGGAAUUCUAAAUUAAAUCCUCAAUACAGAUCAGUGCAUUUAACCCUUAAAAUUCUCCACUAAUGAUUUACUAGAUGAUGCUAGCAUCCAGAUUACAGGUAUGCAUUUUUAUUCAUAACUUUUUUUAAGUGCACUAAGACGUACAGCAUUUAUCCAAGAGCUGGUAAUAAUUAAAGGACAGGAAGAGUAUGAAGAAUGUGAAAGUGGUGUCCAGACUUUCUGCAUACAUGGUGGAUUAUAUGUAAACAGCUCAGAACAACUUCAGUGCCUUUGUAAUCUAAUGUUAUUAUUUAAUUUAAAUGUAUGUGUAUCUGACACCUAUACAAGUUAGAACAAUUCAGUUUCAUUGUCUGUAAUAUGUAGCUGUGUACAAAUUAUAAACAUGUCAGGAGCCAACAAGAGCAGCGUGUUUCUACACUGGUUUGCAAAUCUGAAGUUAUUCCAAGGUGCUUUGGUAGCUUCUGCAUUUAUGUACGUUUAAUAAGGAGAGGUCUUUUUACAGUAGUUCAACAGUGCAAAUUCCAGUUACUUAACUGAACUUUAGAAACUAUCAUAAAGUAGCUCAAUUGACAAGAUUUCUUCCGAACAGUACUGAAUAAAUGGAGCUAUAUAUAGCUAGUUUGCCUAUUAACAGAUCAGCCUGUGAACUGGCGCACUCAUGAGCAAAGAAGAUUGUGUGGUUAUUUUGCAGGGACAGGGAGAAGGGUUGCAGGGUGUGAAAACAGCAAGACAAGGUUCCAGUAAAUCUGUAUGCAAACAUUCAUAUCCAGUAUUUCAGAAAUGUAGGUGCUAGCCCAGCAAUAGCAUCUAAAGGGCUGGUACAAGUUGCUCAAGUGAUGCUCGGAAUGAUUCUGAACAGAUUAGUUUAGAUCACCUGGGUUACAGGAUACUCCCUUGAAGAAAAACAGGAAUUUUUCAAUUUCAAUAGCAGUAUUUAGAAGGGUGUCUCAGUUUUUGCCCUCAGUUUCCGUAGCAUUUUAAUUUGUCAUUAUCUAUGUAAUGGUGUCACAAAGGCAUACAAAAGGCUUGAAAAUGAAGGAGGGAGUUCUUUUAUCUUAAGAUAGGCAGUAAGGCUAGAUUUGGAAGCGUAUAACAGAACUGAACAUCUGUCCAUACGGAGUCUCUUGCAAGGCAAAACAGGUGUUCGCUCAUCAGUAUUCGAGAAGAUUCCAGCAGUAACUUUUUAACAAGAAACCAAGAAUAGUAUUCUGUAUGGAACUGUAUGGGCAAGCUAUAGAUAAUACAAAUCUUGGUUAUUAGGGGAAUAACUGUUGUCAACUCUUGUGACCGUUUUUUUUAAAUUAAAAGUUAUGAUAAUUGUUUUCUUCAAAAAACAAGAUCCUCUUAUUAUGUGACAUCUUGAGAAUCUCCACUUUGAUUUAGAAAUAUAAAGAAGUUGCUAGUCCUUAUGAAGCAUGAACAUGUGACCUCAAUAAACCACAAAGGCACAAAAAUCUGAAAACUGAAUUCCAAAAGAAUUAUUUUUAAGCCAGUGUCACGACUUUGGGUAGCCUGGUGCAUGAUUUUUUACAUGUCUGGGUUGAUAAUGCCAGUGUUGAAUCCAAGUGACUCUUUUGGUGUAUAAUGGAAAGGUCAGACAAUUUUAUAACCAGAAAUUCCAGUUAUGUUGAUUUGAACAUGAGAAAUAAUAGAAAUAUAUCUUAUAAUAUUUGGCCAACACAGAAAACAGAACAUCAACAAACAGAAGACCAUCUUUGUGCAUUUAGAACCCGUUUAUAAGGGGGGAUUCUUGCUUUCCAGGGAGGAUUAUAAUCCUGUACGAGGAAAUAUUAAGUCUGUCAAAUUUGAAUAAAAAUGUAAGAAGAGAUCUCAGCUACAUGGUAUCAGUUGUGACAAGAUAUCUUUGUGACUGAAGAGCGAUCAUACUUUGUGGAAGUAGUUCCAUUUUGACUGCUUGAAACCGGGAUCCUAACAAAAUAGAUGUGUGGUAAUUCACUUAUUCAAAUCAUGAAAAUUCUUGGAAGCAGUCAAAACAUCUUUUCAAAAGAUUUGGUAUCAGGCUUUAAGUUCUGUGGACUUCAAUUCACGUAAUUCCUUAGGUCAAAGUGAAAAUGACCGUCAUCUCAUUGUAGAUUUUAUUAGGCUAUAUACAUAUGUAUGUAUUUAUUUAUUUCUAUUCGCUAAUUAUUUAUUUUUACAUAAGAAGAAAGUGCCUAUGCUAGGUGCUUAUGCACAUAUUAAAGUGAUAGUCUAAAAAA